AUGGCCCUGAGUGAUGUCGAUGUGCAGAAGCAGAUUAAGCACAUGAUGGCUUUCAUUGAGCAGGAAGCCAAUGAGAAGGCAGAAGAAAUAGAUGCCAAGGCUGAGGAAGAGUUCAACAUUGAGAAAGGACGCCUUGUGCAAACCCAACGACUGAAGAUCAUGGAGUAUUAUGAGAAGAAGGAGAAGCAGAUAGAGCAGCAGAAGAAAAUCCAGAUGUCUACCAUGAGGAAUCAGGCAAGGCUGAAAGUCCUGAGGGCCCGAGAUGACCUCAUCUCAGAGUUGCUGAACGAGGCAAAGCUGAGACUCAACUGGAUUGUAGCAGACCCAGAAGUCUACCAGGGGCUGCUAGAGAAACUAGUGCUCCAGGGUCUGCUCCGACUGCUGGAGCCCCUGGUGAUUGUGCGCUGUAGGCCACAGGACCUCCUCCUGGUGGAGGCUGCGGUGCAAAAAGCCAUCCCUGAAUACAUGUCAGUCUCCCAAAAACGUGUGAAAGUCCAAGUUGAUCAAGAGGUGCACCUGGCUGUGAAGGCAGCUGGAGGUGUGGAGAUCUACAGUGCUGAUCAGAGAAUAAAGGUUUCCAACACCCUGGAAAGUCGACUGGAUCUCUUAGCCCAGCAAAAGAUGCCGGAAAUACGAAAGGCCUUGUUUGGAGCCAAUGCCAACAGGAAGUAUUUUAUCUAA